AUGGAUGCAGAGCGCGACCGGCUGUUCCUGGGUGGAGAUAACGUUGUGGAGGCAGACAGCUGGCAGCUUGACUCUCCGCUUUCCAGCUCAGAGCUCCUUUGCAGUAGCUCAGAAAAGCCCCUGCAGGACUGGGUGGUAGACCCCAGCUGUCACACGCACAACGACAGUGACUCUGAGGACAUCUUUCAUGGGGUCGACCCAAACCAGGUGUUUCCCAAUGGCCUGCAUGCAGACACCUCGUCAGAGAGCGACAGUGGCAUCUCUGAUGAUCCAGUUGUUGAGACCCCCGCCUCUAUAGAAAAAGCAUUAACCACGGCAAGCUCACAGACGACCAUGACUACCGUCUACCAGGUGAUUUACGAUGUCAGUGGGCUGGGAAGCGUGAAGGCAGAACCUGGUCAGGAGAACAUCAUCUCCAUCGAACUCGACGAGUGGAACUCUCAGGUGCUGUUUCCGGACUCAUGCAUCAUAAACGAGCUGCCAGUUCCUGCUGCUCAGCUCAGCGAUUCACUGGAACCUGACACUGACCUGCCUUACCUGGACCUCCAGCUGACUGAGGAGGAGCAGAAACUGCUGACUCAGGAGGGAAUAUCUCUACCCAACAAUCUUCCUCUCACCAAGGCUGAGGAAAGAAUCCUGAAGAAAGUUCGGAGGAAAAUUCGCAACAAGCAGUCGGCUCAGGACAGCCGUCGGAGGAGGAAGGAGUACUUGGACGGGCUGGAGAGCAGGGCGGCAGCCUGCUCCACGCAGAACAAGGAGCUGCAGAGGACAGUGGAGAAGCUGGAGAGACACAACAUGUCUCUGCUGGCUCAGCUGCAACAGCUUCAGUCUCUGGUCCGACAGACGGUCAGUAAAGGAGCCCAGACCAGCACCUGCUUACUGAUCAUUCUGGUCUCGCUGGCUCUGAUCAUCCUGCCCAGUUUCAGCCCGUUCAGACGCACCUUGUCUGCAGAUGAUGACUACAGGCCGACAGGAGUUAUUUCCCGGAACAUCCUGACGGACUCUUACGCCUCCCAGCCUGCAGCAGAUGAGUCCCACCCAGUGACCCUUGAACCCCCAGGAGACGCUGCUGCCCUACAACAACCAAGAGAAAACAGUGGAACCAUAGACCAGGAGGGCAGCCGGGCAGGGAACAGCUCAGCUAAAACGCUGAGGUCAAAGGUUCAAGAUGGAAACCAUGAUCCUUCCAAACCCACUCAUAACGAUGAGAUGUAGGAAGCUGCAGCCACUGGACUUUAGGCCCCAAAGCUCUGAACCAUUGAUAUCAGCCUGAACCAUCAAACACGGACUGGCCACGAUUUUAAAUGUUUGAUUUACAAAAAAUGUCUUGUAACUGACGUUUUGGUUCUUUCGUUCUAGAAUGUUUGACCCCAGGGUUGGGUCAGUGGUUUGAUUCACAGCUCCCCAGGUCCCGUGGUCUUAGAAUGUGUGAUUAAAACUGUGUCAAAGGGCUUUUUAAGAACAUUUACCUUCAUAAUACAAUGGGAAUGUUUGGGGAAGAUGUUUAUGUGCGGCCAGUUAGCUUAGAAUAAAAAGGACCAUCUAGCAGGUGGUCUGAUGUCCUUACCUGAACUCAGUUUGGAUAUUUAGACUUUAUUGUCACAGGAACACCAACACAUCACUGUCUGAGUAGCACAGUAGUCAUAGUAACAUUAAAUGAAUCCUUCCAGGGGCUAUCGUAGGUUGAGCUCAGCUGGUGGCAGGUUUCUAUCUUCAUACAGUGUAAAUGUUGAAUGUUUUCUGUCUGGAAUUAAAGAAAAAGUUUACAGUCUCAAA